AUGCCAACACUAGGACAGAGAAUGAAGCGCAAUGACAUUGAGUGGCUGAAUGUCGUAAUCUUCAUCGUCACGCCGGCCUUGUCAUUGUACGGCUUCUACACAACCCAGUUAACCUUCCAAACCGCAAUCUGGGCUGUCGUUUACUACUUUUGCACGGGCCUGGCUAUCACUGCAGGUACUCAAACUGUCGAAAGCAUCAUCAUCUCACUGCCAAGCACAAACCCUUUCGAACAAUUACAUAGGUACUUUGCUCACAGAUCAUAUGAGGCUGCAUUUCCUAUGCGUCUCCUGCUAGCACUCUUCGGUGCUGGUGCUCUGCAAGGAUCCAUAAAAUGGUGGUGUCGUGACCAUCGUGCCCAUCACAGAUACACCGAUAGUAGCAGAGAUCCGUAUGGUGCCAACAAGGGUGUGUUUUGGUCGCAUAUCGGCUGGCUGGUUGUCAAGCAGGACAAGGACAAAAUAGGUCGUGUCGAUAUCUCGGAUCUCAAACGAGACAAAAUCGUCAUGUGGCAGCACGACUGGUUUCCUAUAAUCGGACUCUUUAUGGCAUUUGUAUUCCCUACUCUUGUCGCGUACAUUGGAUGGGGUGACUUCUGGGGUGGAUUCUACUUUGCUGGAGUCGCAAGACUCGUCGUUGUCCACCAUGCUACAUUCUGUGUAAACAGUCUAGCACACUGGCUGGGUGAAGCCUCAUACGAUGAUCGUCAAACUCCUCGUGACCACUUUAUUACUGCUUUGGUGACAUUGGGUGAAGGAUACCACAACUUUCACCAUGAAUUCCCAUCUGAUUACCGAAAUGCAAUCCUCUUCUGGCAAUAUGACCCUACUAAAUGGACGAUUUGGAUAUGCUCCUUGUUUGGACUGACGUAUAAUCUAAAAAUGUUCCCAGAGAACGAGAUUGUCAAGGGCCGAAUUCAAAUGCAAGAAAAGAAGAUUGACGAAUUAAAGAAGAAGCUCAACUGGGGUAAACCACUCGAUGAAUUACCUGAGUGGACAUGGAAAGAGUUUGCCCUGAAAAAGGACGGAGGUCAAAACUAUCUUGUAGUUGACAAAAUAGUGUACAAUGUUCACAGCUUUAUGGAAGACCAUCCCGGUGGUCGUGGCUUCUUGAAAACUUCUAUUGGACGAGAUGUGUCGGCUUCAUUUAAUGGUGCCAUAUACUUCCACUCAAACGCUGCUCGAAAUUUGGCUACUCGUAUGAGGAUUGCCAAGAUUGUUGGCGAGAUACCCGAUGACGAAAAGGCCAAGGAGGAAUAG